AUGUUUGGCCGUGCGCGUACCCAGGUCGGGCUGAUCGUCGAGCCCGUCGAGACCGUCUCUAUCAAAACGGAGGAAGAUCUCGCCAACUUCCGCAACCUCAUCUGGCCCGACAUCGAGAAAGCGAACGCGUUCGCACCGCAGCACUCGCGCAUCUUUAAGGAGUUCAUCCUUGUGAGCGGUACGAAGAAGAAGCCUUUGAUCAGGACUGCGAAGGGCACUGUUUCCCGCAACGCCUGCUUGCAGCAGUACGAGCAGGAGAUCGAGGCGAUCUACGCUGCUGCCGAGCUCCCUACUAAGGCUGUAUGGGCCCAGCCACCUACGACAUGGGACGAGCCAGCACUGUACGAAUUCGUCAUCCGCGUCGUCAACGGCGUCAUGCGGUCGGACAAGAAGGACGUUCCUGCAGUGGACGAGAACCGCGACUUGUUCGAACAGGGAUGCGACAGUCUCCAAGCGACGUACAUCCGUGCGGCUAUCACGAAUGCUCUGCGGGAUGCGCCCAAGCCGGAGGGAAAGUCGGACAUCGCUGCUGUCUCCGUUCCCCAGAAUUUGGUCUUCGCUUUCCCGUCCAUUCGUCGCCUAGCGGCGUACAUGAUGAAGUCCGUCGGUGGGCUCGGAGCGGAGAAUGACGCUGCUGCCGAUACUGCUGCCGCGAUUGAAGCUAUGCUCGGGAUGAUCGACAAGCACACGCGGGACUUCCCGAUCCACAGGCCUGGCACGCGCUCCAUCGACGGCGAGGUCGUGCUCAUCACAGGCACUACUGGAACUCUGGGCACGUACCUCCUCCAAGAACUGUUGGAGGACUUCCGCGUUUCUCGUGUGUAUGCGAUCAACAGGCCCAGCAGUGAGAAGGGGCUGCCUGCGAGGCAGCGCUUGGCGUUUGUGGACCGUGGCGUGGAGAGGAAGCUGCUGAUCUCGCCUAAGCUUCAUCUCCUCGAGGCCGAUACCAACAAGCCUGACCUCGGUCUGGAUGCUAUGACACUGGGAGAGAUCCGCAAUACGGUGACUGCUGUUAUCCAUAAUGCAUGGAGGCUUGACUUUAACCUUUCCCUCUCCUCCUUUGAAUCGCACGUCAAGUCUACUCGGCAUCUCGUGGACCUUGCUCUCUCUGUCAAGGCCCCAACUCCCGCUCAGGUCAUCUUCACCUCGUCUAUUGGUACACUGCAGAACUGGCGCGAGCCUCGGGCCGUCCCAGAGAACGCCAUUGACGACCCGUCCGUCGCGCUUGGCAAUGGGUAUGGCGAGAGCAAGUGGGUCGCUGAACGGGUCAUGGUUGCCGCUGCUCAGCAACGCGGUGUGCAGGCUACGAUCUGGCGCGUGGGCCAGUUGGCGGGAUCGACCCAGAAUGGCGCGUGGAACACGACCGACUGGGUGCCUAUUAUUGCCAAGGGUGGACAGGUUAUGGGUGCUCUACCUAGUUUCCCAGGAGGAGACGUGAGCUGGUUGCCGACUGAUUGCGCUGCUAAGGCUAUCGUGGACGGCCUGCACAACGUUGACGCCGAUUCCGAGACGAGUUAUCGUUACCUGCAUCUUGUGCACCCUCACCCCACGAAAUGGGACUACAUCGCGAGCCAUAUGUCGAAAAUCCUCAAGGUCCCUGUUGUACCUUUUGGAGAAUGGUACAGCAUGCUGGAGAAGGCAGCGACUACGGGCGGUCCACAGGCUGCGGAGAGUAAUCCGGCCAUCAAGUUGAUGGAUUUCUUCGGUCGGGGAUACAAGGCUCUGGAAGAGAACACGAAGCAGGGCAAGUACAAGCCGAAGGAGGCGAUGGGCAUGCCAGACCUGCAAACGAACAAGGCCGUGGAAGUGAGCGAAACGCUGAGAGGAUCGAAGGUGUUGGGCCAAGAGGACGUCCAGCUUUGGUUGGGCUACUGGGAGAAACAUGGCAU